GGUUGCGCGGGACUCGCGAGCGGUCGUCGCUUCCCGGCUGUGGGCACCGACCUGAGCCCGGGUGGGCGCCGAGGCCGGAGCCGGUGCCGGGAGAGGAGGAAGGAGGAGUGAUCUGGCUGGCAGAGAGCGGGCCUUCAUCCUUCCGUCCUGCCCUGCGCCCCCGGCCCUGCGCCUCCAGCGGUUUCCCUCCGCGUCCGCAGCUGUUUUUGUGGGGGGUGUGGGGGGGCUCUUGCCUUUCCUGCGUGCGACACUGCGGGGCGCGGGCGGCCGGGGGACUGAGGCUGAUGCUCCCGAGCGUGACGCCGGGGACGAAGGGGGCCCGAGGCUGCGGCAGUGCCGUGUGAAGGGGCGUCGGGGCGGGACCCGCGGGCCUGCGCCCUGGGCCGCUGGAACCGUCCCCUGCCCAGCCCCAGGUGGCGGGAAGGAUGACCACGCUCACCAGACAGGACCUCAACUUUGGCCAAGUGGUGGCCGACGUGCUGUGCGAGUUCCUGGAGGUGGCCGUGCACCUGAUCCUCUAUGUGCGCGAGGUCUACCCGGUGGGUAUCUUCCAGAAGCGCAAGAAGUACAACGUGCCGGUCCAGAUGUCCUGCCACCCGGAGCUGAAUCAGUACAUCCAGGACACGCUACACUGCGUCAAGCCACUGCUGGAGAAGAAUGAUGUGGAGAAAGUGGUCGUGGUGAUUUUGGAUAAAGAGCACCGUCCAGUGGAGAAGUUCGUCUUCGAGAUCACCCAGCCGCCCCUGCUCUCCAUCAGCUCAGACUCCCUGCUGUCCCACGUGGAGCAGCUGCUCCGGGCCUUCAUCCUGAAGAUCAGCGUGUGCGAUGCCGUGCUGGACCACAACCCCCCAGGCUGCACCUUCACAGUCCUGGUGCACACGAGAGAGGCUGCCACCCGCAACAUGGAGAAGAUCCAGGUCAUCAAGGACUUCCCCUGGAUCCUGGCAGAUGAGCAGGAUGUCCACAUGCACGACCCCCGGUUGAUACCCCUCAAGACCAUGACGUCUGACAUCUUAAAGAUGCAGCUGUAUGUGGAAGAGAGAGCUCAUAAAAGCAGCUGAGGCUACACCUGCCACCCACCGGUGCCACGGCCGUCUGUCACUGGGGGGGCCCGGGGCAGGGACCCUGGCUCCUUGACUCCAAGUGCUCUUAUCACCCGCGUGGCGCCUCCUCCUGGCCGGGCUGCUCAGGUUAGCUUGCCAUGGUGGAGGAGGUGGCUGGGGGUGGGGGCAGCAAGGGAUGCCGGGACCACAGUUCCCGCCUCCCGGGUUCACCUGUCCACACUGGGCAUCUUGACUACUGUUCUGUGAGGUGUUUCAAUAAAGGGCCCCAAGGGCUGA